AUGCGAAAGAAAAAGAGAAAGGAGUUAAAGGAAGGAGGAGGAAAGAAAAGAGGGAGAGAGAUUGGUACGGUUUGGGUUGGGGUGGAGGCUUGGGUGGGGGAGAAAGGCCCGGGGCCAGGUUCGGCAGGAAACCCUAAAAGCAAGCAUCAGUGGGUGCUUGUGAGUUUGCAACGCCCAGAUCAUGCUCAGUCUCCUCAUUCCUUUUUGUUGUGCUCGUCUCGCAUUUGCUGCUCUGCUCUGCUCGAUCCGUUUGCGGUUCAUUGCCAGGAUAUUUUCCUGGGCUUUGUGGUCAUCGGCGUUGUUGGCCUUGCAAAGGACGGGUGCAAGUGGUUAUCAACAAGAAUGGCAGCGUUUCAGAGGCUGGGCGCAUCGAGCAGGCUGCUCCGAAAUGCUCCAUCCCAGCUGACACAGACACGCAGUUUUGCAGCUGAUGCUCAUGGACCAGCGAAGGUUCCAAUGUGGGCUGCUCCUGGGAGCCCCUCCACAUGGAAGGAAGAACACUUUGUGUUUGUUUCACUAGCAGGAUGGGGAGCUCUGUUCUAUGGUGGCUACAAGUUUUUCACUAGCGGUUCCAAGAAGGGUGCUGCUGAAGUCGUUGAACAGGUUAAAGCUGGAAAGCACUGAGGGCGAAGUAAAGCUGUUCUGUUUUACUGAAGAACUUUGAGUUCUGUAGAUGAAAUAUGUUGGCAUGGAUUUUAGUGUAGAGGUUUCACACCCGGGGCCUGUAUUGAAUUGCUACCUAGUGAUUCAAGGAGCAUGUUGCAGUGUUGAUGUCUUAAAUCACUGUUAGCAGUCACAGUUCGCUUUUAGAUGUUUGAGGCGUCCAGUGCACGGUUUAUUUCAACCAGUGACACGCGCAUUUUACACUAAUGUAAAAGUGAUGUUUGUGGCAUCAUCAGUGCUUGAAAAAUGAAAGGGAAAUUUCUAAAUA